GGGUACUUUGAACCCUGAGUUUAGACCAAUGAAAGACAAGCAGGCUACCGGCAUUCUGAACUGCUGCCUCAGGAUUAUUGUUACAUUCCCAGGGUUGAGGAGAUUUAUGGAACCUGUGCAUUUGAUCUCUUUCAUCCCAGAUUGAUUGCUGCUAUAAAGAGACAGCAAUUGAAGAGAAAUGAGUGCAAGGAGGAGAGGCGGGAGGCCAAAAAGAGAAGGGGGGAAAUUAUCGAAGCCGGGUGGACGUGGACGUGGUGGUGGCGGCGGUGGUGGUGGCGGCAGUGGAGGCGGAGGUGGAAGUAAGAAAGCAGGAGUUGGUUGCUGGGAUGACGGUGAUGAUUUCAGCCUCGAAUUUGGACCUCCUCGUCCUAGCAGACCUGGGAGAGGACGAGGGAGUGGUGUCCGUGGCCGUGGUGGAGUAAAGGAUGCCGGUCGAGGAAGGGGGGGUAGAGAUCGAGAUCAAGACCGGAGCGGCAGAGGCAGUGGGAGAAGCAGAGACGAUGGGAAAAGCUUUGGCAAGGCUCUCCCGAGGUCCCUGGCGAGGACACGAACAAGCCCAAAGCUAGGGGAAAGCAUCAGGCCGGAGAUGAGCACCAUGCCCAUGCAGAGGCUCUUCAUGACUAAUGAGAACCAAGAGCAACUCAAGGAGCUUCUGCGGAAUCUGCAGACGCAGGACUUUGAUGAGCCCUAUGAUGAAUCCGAUUCAGAUUAUUCAGGAGAAGAUGAGGAAGAAUUUGAUGAGUUGGAUCACCGUGACGAAGGCCAGUUCUGGGCCACUACCGAUGAGCCAGUGGAGAAGGCAGAGAGCCCAGCAUAUGACACAGAGUCUGAUGAUGAACGGCCCACCCCGGAAGCUGUCAUCUCCUUAUUUGCAAUAGGAAAACUUUGCAGGUAUGGGUUUGACAGGGAGCGCGGCAAAAAAGCCCUGCAGUCUGGUGGAGGGGAAUUCGGCAGCACUUUAGAACAGCUACUCUGCCAGAUUUUCAUUGAGCGCUACGGCCAGAAAGCAGUGUCCCCGGAUGGCCUUGAAGUGGUGCCGAUGGACGAGUGUCUGAGCCAGAGGCAGGAGGAAGCUCUGGCACUGACUGCCAUCUAUGGUGAGCGCUUCAACGAGCGCAUAGCCAAUGUGGUCUGGACAGUAACCCUGGACGUCUCGUUCCUCGCAGACAGCGCUGCCAAGAACGGUAGACACGUCGGGAGUCGAGGUGGGGGUGCCGUUAGCAUCCGAGACGUCUGCCGGUUCUUCUUGAAAGGGCAAGGCUGCCGGUUCGGGGACAAGUGCAAGUUUAAGCACCAGCUCCCGACUAAAGGGAGAUCUAGGGAUGGAUCCCCAGACUGGGAUGGCCCGAGCCGGCCAGGCUUCAGCAGCUCCUCUCCUCCCGAGUAUGAACUAGAGGUCCGAUUCCCCAGGGGGAACCGUUACCCAUUUCAGGCCCCGAUAGUGGCUUUUAGCACCACGGACGAGUCUUUCGGGGCUGCAGGGAGGCUCAGUGUGACUGAAAGAUUGUUCGGAGAAGCCUUGGCCGCGGCGAAGAGCAACGAGCCUGUUGUUUACACUCUGAUCACUUUGUGUGAGGAUGAGACCAUCAUGAGGGAACUGCUGGCUGUCAGUCAUCACAAAUACAGCACGCCACCGCCUGUUAUGGCGCCUCCUCCGCCAGAGCCUACCGUGGCAAAGAGUAAGAGCGCAAGGAACAAUGCUCCUCAAGAAAGCCGAAGUAGUAGUAACAAUAAUAGUAAUCCUAGAAGCAACAGAAGGAUUGAUCUACUGGCCAACUGGAGAUCAAUAGACAUCAAAGAGACCGGAGAGACGGAGGAGCCGGAUGAGAGGGAUGAGGAGGACGAGGCUAUUCCAGUCGAGACUGAGAGUUAUGUCAAUCUGAGGAAGAAGAUAGUGAAUAAGCACAACCUGAAGACUGACAACGUACUGAAGGAAAAUGGCAAGCUGUGCCGAGAGUUCAAGAUGAAACCGUCAUCCGGGCGUUUCAGGUCCAUGUUGGAGCAGAGGAAGAAACUGCCGGCAUGGCAAGAAAAAGAAAACAUCCUCGACCUGUUAGACCAGUGCCAGGUGCUGGUCAUCAGUGGGAUGACAGGGUGUGGUAAGACUACCCAGAUUCCUCAGUUCAUUCUGGACGCCUCAUUGGGUGGACCAGCGGACCAGGUGGUCAACAUCAUCUGUACUCAGCCACGCCGCAUCUCCGCCAUCUCUGUGGCCCAGAGAGUGGCACAGGAGCGCGCAGAGCGUCUCGGCAACUCCGUGGGCUACCAGAUCCGCCUGGAGACAGUUCGGACGUCUGCCACCAGGCUGCUGUACUGCACCACGGGCGUGUUGCUGAGGAGACUCGAGAGCGAGGCUGACCUCACGGGCAUAUCGCACGUCAUCGUGGAUGAGGUGCACGAGCGAACGGAGGAGAGUGACUUUCUGCUGUUGGUAUUGAAAGACCUGAUAUUGCAGAGGCCAGACAUGAAGAUCAUUCUGAUGAGUGCCACACUCAAUGCCAACCUAUUCUCUGAGUACUUUUACAACUGUCCCACCAUCCAUAUACCAGGUCGUACCUUUCCCGUGGACCAGUUUUUUCUUGAAGAUGCCAUCGCUAAAGCCCGCUAUGUCAUCGAGGACGGCAGCCCUUAUAUGCGCUCAGGGAAACAGAACUCUUCUUUCACAAGUGGACGAGGAGGCAAAGCAGACCAUAGGGAUGUGGUGGACGACUUGGGUGAUGACAUGUGGAACUUUAUGUCUCUCUGUAAGAAAGACUUUGUGAAAGACUCCAUACCAGACCAGCAGCUCAGCCUGCAGGAGCUCACGGUCCGAUUCAAAGACACCAAGAAGUCUGUGUUGAAGACUAUUAGUGCAAUGGACCUUGACAAGAUCAACAUGGACCUGGUGGAGAGCCUGCUGGAGUGGAUCGUAGACGGGAACCACAACUACCCUCCGGGUGCGGUGCUUGUGUUUAUGCCGGGCCUGGCUGAGAUCAAGAUGCUCUACGAGCAGCUCUCCUCCAACAGAAUGUUCAACAACAGGGGUGCAACCAGGUGUGAGGUGUACCCACUCCAUUCAACCUUGUCCAAUGAGGAGCAGCAGGCUGUGUUCAGCCGCCCCCCCGAAGGUGUCACAAAGAUUAUCAUCUCCACCAACAUUGCAGAAACCUCCGUAACCAUUGACGACGUGGUAUAUGUCAUUGACUCCGGCAAGAUGAAGGAGAAAAGGUACGAUGCCACUAAAAGCAUGGAGAGCCUGGAGGACUCGUGGGUUUCCCGGGCCAACGCUCUGCAGAGGAGGGGUCGAGCAGGUCGCGUGGCCUCGGGGGUCUGCUUCCACCUCUUCACCAGCCACUGCUUCCAACACCAGCUGGCUGAGCAACAACUGCCUGAGAUCCAGAGAGUCCCUCUAGAGCAGCUCUGCCUGCGGAUCAAGAUCCUGGACUUGUUUGCUGAGCGGACGCUUGAGUCUGUCUUCUCUCGGCUCAUCGAACCUCCGACGAUGGAGAGCUUGGACGCAGCAAAGCAGCGCCUGCGGGACCUCGGAGCUCUAACUGCAGAUGAGAAACUGACCCCGCUGGGCUACCACCUGGCCUGUCUGCCCGUCGACGUGCGCAUCGGGAAGCUCAUGCUGUUUGGCGCCAUCUUUCGCUGCCUCGACCCAGCACUCACCAUCGCAGCCAGUCUGGCCUUCAAAUCACCAUUUGUGUCUCCAUGGGAUAAGCGGGACGAAGCCAAUGAGAAGAAACUUGUCUUUGCCUUGGCCGGCAGUGACCAUCUAGCUUUGUUACAGGCAUACAAGGGAUGGUGCAGCGCUGCAAAGAACGGCCGGCAGGCCGGCUUCCUCUACUGCAGGGAGAACUUUCUGUCUUCGAGGGGAUUACAAGAGAUCGCAAGUCUGAAGAGGCAGUUUGCAGAGUUGCUGUCUGACAUUGGCUUCAUCAAGGAGGGACUGAGGGCCAGGGUCAUGGAGCGCAUGUCCUCUAAAGGAACCGACGGCGUCCUAGAGGCCACCGGCCCCGAGGCGAAUUUGAACUCUGACAACAUCCGGCUUAUGUCCGCCAUGCUUUGUGCUGCCCUCUAUCCAAAUGUGGUCCAGGUACGUUCUCCGCAGGGGAAUUACAAGAUGACGAGCAAAGGAGCGAUGAAGAUGCAGCCCAAAGCCAACGAGCUCCGUUUCAUGACCAAGGAUGACGGCCCCGUCCAUGUGCACCCGUCGUCUGUCAACUACACAGUACGCCACUUCGACAGCCCCUACCUGGUGUACCACGAGAAGGUGAAAACGAGCCGCAUCUUCAUCAGGGACUGCAGCAUGGUCUCCGUCUACCCGCUGGUGCUGUUCGGAGGCGGACAAGUCAACGUGGAGCUCCAGAAGGGAGAGUUUGUCGUCUCCCUCGACGAUGGCUGGAUCCGAUUCGCUGCCUCUUCUCAUCAGGUGGCCGAGCUGGUGAAGGAGCUGCGCUGGGAGUUGGACCAGCUGCUGGAAGAUAAAAUCCGGAGCCCGAGCAUGGACCUGUGCACCUGCCCCCGCGGUUCCCGCAUCAUCCACAUGAUAGUCCACCUUGUCUCGACACAGUAGCUUUGUCUACUGGACGCCCUUUUCAACUUUUUUUUUUUUUUUUUUUUUUU